AUGGAGUUGCUGUGGUUUCACUUCAUGCUCAAGUGCUCUCUUCUCCUGCUAAAUUUUUUACUCUGCAACAUUCUCUUCUCUGCCGCGGAGUCACCAUGCCAUGAUGGCGAGCGCUCUGCCUUGCUGCAACUCAAACAAAGCUUGGCAAUAGGUAACUGUGUUACAUCCGAUGCUUAUCCAAAGGUUGAGUCAUGGAAGCUAAAAGGAGGAAGUAAUGAGUGCUGCGCAUGGGAUGGCGUUGAGUGUGACAAGCAGACAGGUUAUGUGAUCAGCCUUCACCUCAGCAAGAGUUGCCUCCAUGGUUCUAUCAGCCACAAUAGCAGUCUCUUCCACCUUGUCCAUCUCCGAAGGCUUGAUCUUUCUCUUAAUGACCUCAGCACAUCUCGUAUACCUUCUACUAUGGGCGAUCUUUCCCAGCUUACAUAUCUUAACCUCUCGUUUUCUGGCUUUUAUGAUCAAAUUCCAUUUGAACUAUCCAAGUUGUUCAGUUUAACUUCCCUAGAUCUAUCUCGGAAUCCAUUAGAAAUUCAAAGACCCAGCCUAAACAACCUACUUCAGAACUUAACAAGCCUGAGAGAACUCGAUCUUAGUUAUAUUAACAUAUCAUCUACAGUACCUGAUGUAUUAGCAAAUUUAUCGUCUUUGACAUCUCUCAAACUCCAGCUUUGUGAAUUGCAUGUUGCCAGACUUUCAGUUGAGCAAAGCCCUCAAAUUAUUGAACCUCGAAGGCACAGGAUUUUCUGUUUCUCUGGUCGAGUUCCUUCUGUACUCGGUAAUCUCACUCAACUCACUUAUCUGGACCUUUCAUCAAAUUAUUUUCAGAAUCGAAAAGCUUCUUCCUUUUCAUGGGUGGCCAAGCUGACCAACCUUGACCAUUUAGGCCUUUCUGGUCUGCUAGAUGGAGAGCUUCCUCCGCUCAUGAACCUGAUCCAACUUAGUUUUUUAGAUGUGAGUCGUAAUCAUUUGACUGGCCCAAUCCCAUUCCAGCUCAUGAACCUUACUCGACUUACUUCUUUACACUUGGACAAAAAUCAAUUAACCGGUUCAAUCCCUUUGUGGUUCAUGAAAUUUCCCAAACUUGCGGAGCUACAACUGGAACACAAUCAAUUAUCAGACCCCAUCCCAUCUUGGCUUAUAAACAUGAACCAACUCAGUUCUUUAUGGCUGAGCUUUAACCAACUAACCGGGCAAUUUCCGCCUCAACUUGAGAACCUCACCAAAUUAGUUGAGCUGGGACUUUCAUCAAAUCAACUAGAAGGCCCAAUCCCGAGUUCCAUCUUUGAGCUCAGGAAUUUGAAUCAUCUGGAUCUCACAUCAAAUAAAUUAAAUGGUACUAUUGAACUACGCAUGUUUGCUAGGCAAGAAAAUUUAAACCAAUUAUAUCUUUCCUCCAACAACAUAUCCUUAGUCAGCAACAUCACUGCACAAGCCAGCUUUCCCAAGUUUGUUGCUUUAGGAUUGGGUUCGUGCAAACUGACUGGAUUCCCUGAUUUCUUACGCAACCAGGAUGAGUUGGAAUGGUUAGACCUUUCCUCCAACAAUAUACAUGGAAAAAUACCUGAAUGGAUCACCAACUUAAACUUCUUGCAGUACCUGAAUCUUUCAUAUAACCAUUUAACAGGUUUUGAGCAAGACCCAGUAGUCCUACCAUCACUUUUAUUAGAUUUAGACCUGAGAUUCAAUGAGCUACAAGGAUCACUCCCACCUUUGCCUGAUUUUAGCUUAUAUUACCUAGUAUCAAACAACAUAUUUACUGGUGAAGUCUUAUCAAUGAUUUGCAGCUCAAAGACCAUUGCUUUUCUGGAUUUUUCAAAUAACAACUUGAGUGGCAUGCUGCCACAAUGUUUGGGCAAUCUUGAUUCUUUAUCAGUAUUAAGGUUGAACGGAAACAGCUUCCAUGGAAGAAUUCCUCAAUCAUUUGCAAAUGCAAUUUUCUUGACGAUGUUGGACUUAAGCCAAAAUCAGUUUGAAGGGCGAUUACCAAGGUCGCUGGCUAAAUGUACCAUGCUCCAGUACCUUAAUUUUGGGCACAACCAUAUUACCGAUUCUUUCCCUUCUUGGUUAGGUACACUUCCAGAGUUGCAGGUUCUCAUCCUGCGAUCUAAUCAAUUUCAUGGAGAGAUAGACAAUCCAAGAACUGAUUCGGAAUUUCCGAAGCUACGAAUCAUUGACCUAUCCUGCAACAGUUUUACAGGAAAGCUACCAACAAAAUACUUCUAGAGUCUACUGCUUAUGAUUACCCGUUGAUGUUGAAUAACAAAGGCUUGGAUAUGAAGUACAGCAAGAUCCCAGAUGCCCUUAAAGUCAUUGUUCUUUCACACAACAGAUUUGAAGGAGAAAUUCCAGCAUCCAUCGGGAAUCUAAAAGGUCUUAAUGUCCUCAACUUCUCCAACAACAAGCUCACUGGUAGCAUUUCCUCCUCGUUGGGGAACCUGACAGCUAUUGAAUCGCUGGACCUUUCUGGCAACAAACUCUCAGGGGAGAUCCCUGCAGAGUUAGUGCAACUCGCCUUUCUUGCUGUCUCCAAUAUCUCGAACAAUUUUCUCACGGGUCCCAUACCACAAGCAAAGCAGUUUAGUUCCCCAUUAGUUCAUUUGCUCGGAACUUGGGAUUGUGUGGAACGCCUUUGCCAAAAAAGUGUGCAGUGUCAGAAGCCUUGCCAUCAGACCAAGAUUCAGAAUCUUGGUUCCAAUUUCAUUGGAACAUAGUUUUGAGUGGGUAUUUAAGUGGCCUGAUAGUUGGGUCUUUCGCUCACUACUUUACCACGAGAAACCAUACCUUGCGUCCAAAGAUUUCUGCAAAGAGACAUAAAAGAAAAGGAGGACAAAGGAGGAGGCAGGAAAA